AUGCCUCCGAAAAAAGGGAACAACCGCUUGCAUGAACUUUGUACACAAGUGAAAUCUGGAACGAGCAUAGUGGAUGUGAAAAAACGGACGUUUGUUGUUGGUAAUCAGUUCGCAGUUGGCGGUUUUGGUCGAAUUCAUACAUGUAAAGAGGUUCAGGAUCAUGUUCAAAUUUGAUAACGAAGAAUUUUUCAAAUUUCAGGCGGGAACAAGCAAGGAGUUGGUUAUAAAACUUGAGCCGGCCGGUAACGGACCCUUGUUCACAGAAGUGAAUGUCUUUCAAAGAAUUCUGCGCGCGGAGCUCAUUGAGAACUUCAAAGCGAAAAAUAGUUCGUUACAUUUUCCUUUCGCCAACGUUUUUGUUCUAUUCACCUAUAAUAAUUCAGAAAUUCGCUGGCUAGGUGUGCCUCACGUGAUCGCCAAUGGUAUUUUCGAUUACGGAACUGAGCGCAUGCGUUACCUCAUAAUUCCCAAGUACGCUGUAUCACUGGAAAGUAUUCGCGAAUCAGCAAAAGGCGGCAAAUUUUCUUCUGAAGUUUGCUUGCAAAUCGCCCAGUGCAUCAUCGACGCUCUAGAGUAUAUCCACGAUUUGGUUCGUUACUUUGUUUUUCAAAACAUUUGCCAGAAAAUAGAAGUUCAUAAAGAAUGAAAUAUUUCUACUACAAAUUAGUUUUCGCAUUACAACUUUUACCAGGACUACACUCACGCCGACAUCAAAGCUGCGAACAUUCUCCUCGAGCGAGCCAACGACUUUUCCUCGGCAGGUUUCUCUUUGACUUGGUCUAACGUACAAAAGAGAUUUUUCAGUAUUGGUUGACUAUGGAUUGGCGCGAAAGUCUAACACUAACGAAGACAAGCCGGAUAAAAAAAGAGGUUUUUUUAAAUGAAAAUAUUCCACAUUAUAUAUAUAGGUUUCGAAAAUUUUGAAAACCAUAAGGGGAUAUAAUUAUGUGAGUUGGAAGUGCAUGUCAAAACAUUUGAAAAUGCCCCGGGACGGGAUCCAGCCGACGUAUGUUUCUGUUGCUUUUUUAAAUUUAUGGCCGUGAAAAUUUUUUUCGGUACAGCACUGGGGAUUUAUACUUGGAUGAGAGGAAAAGAGAACUUCAGCGCCGUGCGUGACUCUAGCGCUAAUAUCCGGCUCUACGAGUCGAUUCAUUUGAAAACCUUUCUUUUUGAUAUUUCUUUUUGAGCUCACAAUGGAACAGCGAUAUUUACUUCUCGAGACGCGCAUCGCGGCUGCCAACCUUCGUAUCGCGGAGAUUUGGAAAUUCUCGCCUACAACCUCAUUUUCUGGGCAUCAGGAAAACUUCCUUGGCUGGUGAGGGGAACUUCAACAGGACCUUGAUGAAUUGCCUUUUUGAGGCUCUCGAAGCGACACCUCAGAAAGUUUUCGAAGCAAAACAAAAGUUUUUCGCAGAUCUUCCAGACUCCCUCUCAUCACUUACAAAGGUUCGAAAUUUCUGGAUAAUUUUGGGAGUUUUUGUAUUUCAAGGGAGCUUCUUGUGAAGAACUCGUCAAGGUUUUGCUGGAAGUAAGCAAUAAAACGUCCUAUACAGCCAAGGUUGACUACAAGUUGAUUAAGAAGGUGCGUUUCCCCGAAGACUAUUUCAGUUUUGUAGCUGAAAAAUGAUCUCAUUAAUUACUAGAAUUUCCACCCUUUGGAAGCUCUCUAACUAACUAACUAACUAACUAGGGGACCUCUUUCACUUUGUUUGCAGAUCAAGUUAAAACGUUUAUUGUUUAUUGAACUAAAAACACCUGCAAAGGAGAGAUCAUCUCAAACCCCGAGGUUCUGAGAAAACCUUGGAAAUGUGCAAACGAGGCUUAAGAACUAGCUGAACACAGCUUCCUUUCCUAUUUUUGUUCAGUAAACCGCUCUGAAAAGUUCGAGACCUUAUGCAACAAAAUGGUAAAUGGCUUAUUUUCGCACAUUGUAUUGAAAAUUUUUGAAGCCCUGUAUGACAAACUUUUAUGAAAGGUUUUUUCCAAAAAAAAAAAAAUCAAUUUCACAUUUAAAAAGCAAGUUUGAGCCAUUUUUCAUUCUUUUGGUGAACACGGUGAACAAACUCAUUUUCUCGCGUACGGCGCCAGGCUCCCAAAGUUGGAGUCAGCGAAAAUAGACGCGUUAUUUUCUAGUAACUCUUUGAUUUUAUGAAUUUAGACGUUUGUUAGAACUUCUUCAAAACUGGCUACUCCUAAGAGGAGUUCGAGAGCUGUAAAGUCAGCAGUUCAAGGUUGGUUGCAAGAGUUUUUUGUUUUUUCUUAUAGUAAACGUUUUUCGACGACGGGGAAAAUACGGACGAACUCCAAGCCCCGCCGCAAUCUUUGAGGUCCCGAAGAAAGGCCGAGUUGCCAAUCGAAAAGACGGUCGCCAAGAAAAAAGGUGAUUCGAUGAUGCUAGUUGACGUGAUGGCAAAAAAUAUUAAAGUUAAUUGAUUAAUAAGAUGAGGGUUGCCAAUAAUUUUAGGAAAAGAAAAACAAAUAAAAUAGAACAUCACAAACUUCCCAGAUUUCACGCCAUUUCAAUUUUUUCUAUACUAUAAUGUGAGAAUGAUCUAAAAUAAAUUAAUUGAAAUCAAGUUGUAGUAGCCGUCGUAAUCGAAAGAUGGUUCCUCUUUCUUCUUUUUGUGCUCAUGACUAUUCCAUGGGUGUUUCCUUUCAAAUCGGUUUCCGAAACCGUUCUUCAAAAAUCAAGCAGGGAAAUCGGCCACUAUCUUCUGGUCGAUCGCUUGUGUCGAGCCACUAUCCUGUUUAAUUUUCCAAUAUUUUUAGUUGUAUCCGUUUUACACUGAAAAUAUAACUUUGAUUUGUAAUAACUGAAAAAAAAACGUGAAAAAACACUAUUUUAGUGACCAUGAUCUUUUCUAUCAUGAAAAACUUUGCAGAAAAAGUAAAAAGAAUCAAAGUAACUGUAUGCUUUAAAGCUGGCCUGAUUCAUUUUUGUUUCUGAGAAACUCAGAAUAAAAAGGAACUUGUAGCAGCCGUGAAACGUAAGAGCGAAGAAGACGUGGAAAACGUGCAGACCACGCCUCCGAAAUCGAGACGGGAAGUCGUUCCUGGACUGUCUAACUUCCCUGCUCGGAAGACUCCACAAAGGAAAGUCGCCGUAGCCAAGGUUCUUUUCUUCUUCUUUCUUUUCUUAUAUCUUUUAACAAUUGUGAUAUGGACAGCUAUUCAAGAUUUAAAAUUUGAAACAAGUUUUCUUUCCUCUAUGCUUUUCACAGGUUUUCCUUGUAAUUCGAGUUUCUAGAAAGUCGAGAAGAAGUACAAAAGGCUAUCUAUGGGUCGCGUCGUCCUCAAACCAUCGUCUUCUCUGCAAGUCUUUGAAGAGCAAAUUUCUCCCGGAGGGAAUACAAAAAAAUCUGAAAGUGAGUUACUGUAUGAUCCUUUUUUCCCAUAAUUCAAUGAGUCGGCAAAAAAAUUUUUCCUUCAGAAAACUUGAAGAAAAGUAGUACAUACUUAACGAAUAAAUUUUUUUAAAUUUUAUCAACCAUGACUUUUUAGAAUUCGCGGUGGUUGAUUGAUUUUUUCGAAAUCAAAGAUACUAUUCUCUUGAUGAGUUUCCUGAAGGUUUUCAUUGUUUUUGCUUAAGCUCGGAAAUUCUCAUGAGCUUUGUUCGAUUCAAAAGCUCUGGUCUUUCAAAAAUCCCUCUCUGUUCUAGAACCUCAAACAUCCUCAACGCCUUCUGCUGAUUCUCCUGCUACGAAGGCGCGAAUAGCGACAUUAAAAAAAGCCCCAGGCGUACAAAAUUUUCCGCGAGGAAGGCGUUCAAUAGCUGUCCGUCAGGUUUUAGAUGAUUCUCGAAUAAUUUUCACGAAAUUCUCAGGUCGCAUUGCGAAAUGCUGCUGUCAGGAAGGCAGAACCCGAAUUCGCCGCCUGA